CCCAGGCUGGAAGCCGACACGCCAGCCAUUCCCAUGCAGAAAGGGCCCCAGUGCUUGGUUGGCGUGGAACAAAGGCGGGUUUGGGGUUGUGAUGGUGGGCAUCAGGCCAGCGAAUCCAUGUGCGCGGGUUUGGAAAGCAGGGGGAGGCCUCUGUCAACUCAAGGGCAGCUUUAAAAGGGCGUGGAGGGGGAAGGGUUGGGGAUGGAGGCCCCCUCCUCUCUUUGCCAAGGAGAAGCAGCGCCACUUCAGGCCUGCCUCGGAGGGGAGAGGCGGCCAACCAAGUGCCUGGAUGUCCCCAGGGCGGGAAAGUGGGCAGCAGCGGGCCUGGCGCCUGCUCCUCCUCGUCCUCCUCCUCCUGCUGCUGAAUCUGCUCUGGCCCGGCGCCGCUGACGACUGCAGCUGGAAAGGAAGUGGCUUGAGGUGGGAGCCCCAUUCCCGUGCUGUGGAGCAGGUCCACCUCCGCUGCACUGAGGGCUUCCUGGAAUGGAUGUAUCCGGCAAGAGCCCUUCGCGUCAUCCUGGAGCCCAACCUCUCCAGCGCUCAGCACACCACCAUAUGCAUCAAGCCAUCCAACAACUUUCAAGGAGCCAACAUUUAUGUGGAGCGGGAAGGACAGCUGCAUUUGUUGGUGGCUGACAAUGAGGCACCCCACCUGCACCACGUGUCCUGCUUCAGCAGCCCUGCCCCUCAGCGGGUGGCCCUUUUCCUCCAGGCCAGUCCUCAGAGGGACAUCAGCCGCAAGACUGCCAGUUUCCAGUAUGAAUUGCUGAGCAACCAGAGUGCCACAGGCCCAGACCUCCAGAAAAUGCCCCUUAUAGAAGCCAUGUGCCGCCCGUGUGACAACAUGGAGCUCCUAAUGGCCAUUUGCAGCAGUGAUUUUGUGGUGAGAGGAUCGAUCCAAAAUGUUAUGCAUGAUUCAGAGAAUCACAUCUCUCAGGUUGAUGUUGACGUACAACAAGUCUACAGGCAGAAAAACCAGAUCUUCCAGCAAGAUAAAGCAACUAGGGUGUGGCGAGGAACCAUCAAAACCUUGCUGCAAUGUAAGGUGAAGAAAGGCAGAGGGGACUUCCUCUUCACAGGCAACGAACACUUUGGUGAAGCUUGGUUGGGUUGUGCACCAAGAUUUAAAGACUUUGGAGCUGUCUAUCAAAUGGCCAGAGAGAAAGGAGCAAAUCCCUGUGAGUUUCAUUUUGACAGAUGAAGCAGUAUCUGUCAUAACCAAGAGUAUUGAUUUCAGAUUAUUAUUAUUUUGUAUAGAAGAAUGACAUUGAUUCAGAGAUUUGGCAUCUGUGUCUUCAAGUUGACUUGUAAGGGCAGGUUGGCAUUGGGAAGAUUUGACUUCAGGUUUCUCCUUUGUCGGAGGCUCUAAUCUUGGGCAUGCGAAGCUCUCCUCACCGCCGUUCCCAGUCUGUAAAAAUGGGAAUAGUGCAACCUACCUCACAGGGCUGUUGUGAGGACAAACACUAAGGAAUGGAAAGCACUUUGCAAAUUAAAAUAAAAGGGCUGGAAAAUAUUGAA